AUGACGGGUGGCAAGGUGAGGGAGUACUGGGUGGUGGUGAUGGGAAUCCUAAUGCAGUGUCCAAGUUCAGGAUCCCCAAGGCGGGGACCUGCGAGAGAUUGUAACUCCACUGUUGUAAGGGAGAUGAAGAGUUCCAUGGUCGCUUUUCUUUUCCUCUUCGGUGCUACCUUGCCCGACUGGGUUAAAAAGAUUUCUGCGAGAUUUCUGAAACCUAAUAAACAAACUGUGGAUCUUGUUGCGAAUGAGAAAUUGAAGGCGAAUGCUAGUGUUAGACGCUUUGCUCUUCCCUGUUCUCGUUCUGCAAGACCUCAAGUUAUUCCAGAUGUUAUUCGUUGCUAUAGCCGGUUUUCAUUCUGAUUCUGUGGAGGCCGUACCAUUAUUUUCAUGGAGACAAAGGAAUCCAUAUCCAAACUUGCUGGUAUAUUGUCUGGAGCGCAGGCUUUGCAUCGGGACGUAAUGCAGGCACAAUGCGAAGUCAUUCUUGCUGGAUUCAGAUCUGGCCGAUUCUUGGUUUUGGUGGCCACGAAUGUGGCAGCACGGGGCUUGGACAUCAAUGAUAUGCACUCGAUUAUUCAGUGCGAACCCCGACGUGAUGUUGAAGCCUAUAUCCAUGGUCUAGGUAGAACAGGGAGGGCUGGUAACACUGGAGUUGCUAUCCUACUAUAUGAACCCAAGUAUUCAUAUAGCGUAUGUCGGAUAGAAAGGGAAUCUGGUGUCACGUUUGGGCACAUAUCUGCUCCUCAACCUGCUGAUGUUGCUGAAUCUGCUGGUUCUGAAGCAUCUGAAGCUAUAUUCAAUUUAUCUGAUCAAUCGAUUCCAGUAUUCCAGUCGCACGCAGAACAACUGCUGAGUUCCUCUGGCUUGUCGGUGGUGGAUUUACUUGCAAAAGCACUUGCAAAGGCUGCAGGAUACACUGAUAUUAAGAAGAGAUCACUACUUUCAUCCAUGGAGAAUUAUGCAACUUUACUCCUCCAUGCUGGAAAGCCCAUCUACUCACCCUCGUUUGCUUAUAGCAUCUUGAGGAGAUUCUUGCCUGAUGAGAAGGUUGAAAGGGUGAAGGGUCUUUCUCUUACAGCUGAUGGAAAGGGUGCUGUGUUUGAUGUGCCUGCUGAUGAUGUGGACUCAUUCAUCGCAGGCCAAGAAAAUGCAAAUAUGAUGAACAUCGAGGUUUUGGAAAAAUUGCCUCCUUUGCAAGACAAGGAUCGGUCGAGAGCUGGAGACAGGUUUGGAGGAUGUGGUGGUUUUGCUGACAGAAGAGGCGGUGCUGGAUGAUUUUCUGGUGGUAGGGGAGACGAUGGCCGACCUGGUAGAAGAAAAUGUGGAUUUUCAGAUCAAGGAACGGGAGAAAGUGGAAGGAUUUACUGUAAUAUAGAAACUUUGGGGCCAUAUAUGAACAUAGGAAAUGUUUACUUACGUAUUUAUUUGUUUUUUAAAGCGACCUUCAGGUUAUCCAAUGGGAUCCAAAUGGGUUCAUUUUUGCAAGCUGUAUACAUAAUCCAUUUAAGCGCGACAGGUUUUGUUUUGAUUACUAGGUUGAGUGGCAGACGUGUUUAAUCUUUGUUGUGAUCAUCAAAAUCUUGGGUGCCUCAUUUUUAUGGGUUCCU